AGUUGGGAACUGCAAGCGGAGCUCUCAGUGGGGCGCCCAGGAUCCCCCGCCCGCCCGCCGGCGCAGGAAGUCGCUCUGGAGACUCGAGGGAGAGCGCAGGCGGCGGCCGGGCAGGGAGAGGCGGGCCUCAGCGCAGAUUGGGUCAGGCACGCGCAAGGGAAGCCCCCGAGGGCCGUCCCAGAGGCCCCAGCGCCGCCGAGGUCCUAAUAGGCAGCACCGUCUUCCGCCGCACGUGGCUGCAGCGCGAUGCCCAAAUCCAAGCGUGACAAGAAAGUCUCCCUCACCAAAACCGUCAAGAAAGGCUUAGAACUGAAACAGAACUUGAUAGAAGAGCUUCGGAAAUGUGUGGACACAUACAAGUACCUCUUCGUCUUCUCCGUGGCCAACAUGAGGAACAGCAAGCUGAAGGACAUCCGCAGUGCCUGGAAGCACAGCCGGAUGUUCUUUGGCAAAAACAAAGUGAUGAUGGUGGCCCUGGGUCGAAGCCCAUGUGACGAGUACAAAGACAACCUGCAUCAGGUCAGCAAGAAGUUGAGGGGUGAAGUCGGUCUCCUUUUCACCAAUCGCACUAAGGAGGAAGUGAACGAGUGGUUCACGAAAUACACGGAGAUGGACUACGCCCGAGCUGGGAACAAAGCCACUUUCACCGUGAGCCUGGACCCGGGGCCCCUGGAGCAGUUCCCGCACUCCAUGGAGCCACAGCUGAGGCAGCUGGGCCUGCCCACAGCCCUCAGGAAAGGUGUGGUGACCCUGCUGUCCGACUAUGAGGUGUGCAAGGAGGGCGAUGUGCUGACCCCGGAGCAGGCCCGCGUCCUGAAGCUUUUCGGGUACGAAAUGGCCGAAUUCAAGGUGACCAUCAAGUACGUGUGGGACGCGCAGUCUGGAAGGUUCCAGCAGAUGGGAGAUGACUUGCCAGAGAGCGCGCCCGAGUCGGAAGGAGAAUCAGAGGAAGACGACGACAGCUGACGUGCACUUGGGAUGGGACCUCCGGGCCUGCUCCAGGUCUUGUCUGGACAGGACGGUGUGGGACUGCCGCUGCCCUCUCAGGGGAGCAGCCGUGUAUUUUGCUGUGAAGGCACACAAGGGAGGGUGACAGGGACAGGCUAUUCUAUAAAUAAUGAAACUUUGUCAGCAGGGUGUCUCCUGCAAAAGGGACUUUUCUAGGAAAAAAACCCUUGGGUUUGGGCUUUGGUUUGGACCCCCAGGAUUCUUAGUUCACCUCAAGCCAGUUUCCAGCACUGGCUCCUGUGUGACCACUGGCCGGGCGGCCCUGGGAGCACAAGAGGAACCACCUUCUCCUUUCCUCUGGCCUUCGGCGCCCCUGGCUUGAAACUGGGAUUUGUUUGAGGAAAACAGGCACCCUGCCUGUCGCCCUCCUACCCCUACUCUCUAUUCUCUUUCCCACCCCCAACCCCCAAAACCAGGGCCGAGAAACUUGUGGAUGACCAGGAGGUGUUGGCUAAAGCAAGAAUAAAGCCACUGCCGAAACUGAA